AUGGACAAGUCAUUUGUUAACAUCACCCGGUUGCUCGAUAAGCUCACCACUCACAAUCAAGCUUGGCACUCAAAUGAUAGUGAAAUCUUGUCAUAUGGCAGUCCCUCUGUUGCCGUGGUGACCAAAGAAAAUUAUGAGCGAGAUCAUGCUUUUGCUCAAUUGAAAACCACCGUGGAUUUGCUGUCAAAAAGGCUUGCGGAGAAAGAAGCUAAGAGUGUGAAUGUUGUUGAAGAAAUGCCAUCUCAUUCUCCCAGAAUGUAUCAAGUCUCGGAGGAAACUUAUCUAGAGGGGCAGCCACAACGUGAGGACACUAACUAUAUCGAUAACUCUCAAGGGGGUUAUCAAAAGCAAUGGAGACCCCAACAACAAAGCAAUCAAUAUGGACGAAAUAAAUAUGGUGGUUCGGACAUGAGGGAUUACAACAACAACAAUUAUGGUAAUCGGAAUUCCAAUGCCUAUGUUCCAGCAAAGGGCUGUUCUUCUAACUCUCAAAAUUGGCGAGAGGGUCCUUCCAAUGAUCAAGGGACCUCUCGAAUGGAAUCUAUGCUUGAAGAGAUCUUGGACAACGAAAAUAAGAGUGACAAGAAGACGAAAAAUUUGACCGAAGUGGUAGGCUCUCACACCGCUUCGAUUCAAAAGCUUGAGUCACAAAUACGAGAUCUUUCUCGUGAGCAACAUCCACCACAAAGAGGGGCCUUCCUAGCGACACAAUUACGAACCCAAGAGGUUAUUGAGGAAGAAAUUAAAGAAGAACUGGAGACACCAAUUGAAGUGCCUAUUAUUGUUGAGAAAGAGAAGGAGGCACACCCUAUUGUUCUCGAGGGUGAUGAGGUGACAAGUAUUGAAAAAGUUACCGAGGAUAGCACUCAAAAGAGCAAGGUCACGGGGGUAAUUAAACCCUUGACUCAAACAUAUAAAUCUCCUCCCCCGUUCCCACAAAGAUUGAUGAAAAGAACGGAGGAUGCCAAGUGCCAACGCUUUUAUGACCAAUUGAAAGGGUUGUCAAUGAAUAUCCCAUUUCAUGAUGCAUUCCAAGAAAUGCCGGGAUUUGCUAAAUACUUGAAGGACUUGUUGACGAAGAAAAGACCAAUCAAGCAUGAUACGGUGGGAGUCACCCACCAUGUGAGCGCUAUUAUUUCGUCAUCAAAGGUUGAGAAGAAGGGAGAUCCCGGGGCUUUCACUAUCCCUUGCACCAUCGAUCACCAUGAUUUUGCUCCCAUCUAUAAACAAUCCGGUUUGGGAACACCUAGACCAACGAGCAUGCGUCUCCAAAUGGCCGAUAGAACCAUCAAAAGACCGGUAGGGGUUGUUGAUGACGUCCUUGUUAGAGUGGGGGGAUUCUUAUUGCCGGUGAAUUUUGUCAUCCUUGAUUGUGCGGUUGACAAAGAAGUCCCAAUUAUCUUGGGAAGGACAUUUCUUGCCACCGGGAGAGCUCUAAUGGACUCGAAAAAGAAUGAGAUAAAAUUUCGGGUCAAUGAUGAAGAGGUAACUUUCCAAGCUAGCAGGGGGUUAAAAUUGCCUAGUACUUAUGAGAGCAGUUCGGUCAUCAAUUCUUUCGAUGUGGUAGACGAAGUGGUGGAGCAUAAGUUAGAGGAGAAGCACUUUGACGAAACACUUUCGGCUAUUUUGGUGAAUUUCGAGGCGGAUGACAUGGAGGGGUAUAUUGAAACUGUAAAUUCUCUUAUUGGCCGGGGUUCGUAUUCUUGUGAGCCAAAGAAAUUAUCUCUGGAUCUUGAUAAAAGAAUCACUCCUCCGGCUAAGCCUUCGAUUAUUGAGCCUCCAAAACUUGAGCUCAAGCUACUUCCCUCUCAUUUGAAGUUUGCUUUUCUUGGCCCAGAUAAUACUUUACCGAUUAUUCUCUCAUCUUUGUUAAAUGAGAAAUAA